AUGAUGCCUCAGUCGCUUCCCUGUGUUACUGUUAAACAAGAAAACUGUAUUCCUAUACAGCUCAUACACUUCUCUGGUAUGAAGGCAAAAUUUUUUCGUGCAACCAAGUUUCAAUCGCACUUUAUAUUACCAGUAUUUUAUAUACGAUUACUCCAUGGUUUAGACAAGAAAAUAACUGCGCUACAUUUCAAAAUACCAAUUGGUAUAGACUGUAGUUCAAUACUGGAACAGAUUGUUUGUACAUCAAUGCAAAAUGUACUCAAGAAUAGUGGACUUAACAUUCCACUUCAAAAUAUGUGUGUACCUUCAGAGUAUAUUUCUAAUCUACACAAACUGCUGAACUACACUUAA